AUGUCGUCAUCUGCUUGCCAAUCUGGUUCGUCAACAGGACAAAGUACUGAGAAACAGGCGUCGUCAAUUGGUGAAAGUAGCGAUGCAAACAAACCUAGUGAAAGAAAAGCGCCAGCUAAUCACAGUGGCGGGGUUCCCUUGCCAAAACAUGGAUCAAGCAGUGGUCAAGGAGGAAGUAGUUCGGAAAGUGGAUCAUCCGCCAGUUAA